GCCGGGGGAGGCGGGCGGUGCCGCCAUGGAGCACAUCACCACCCCGAAGGUUGAAAAUGUGAAAUUACUGGAUCGCUAUACAAGUAGGAAGGCAGCAAAUGGGACGUUAUACCUGACAGCUACCCACCUUAUCUAUGUAGAUGCUUCUGCUGAAGUCAGAAAAGAAACAUGGAUUCUGCAUCACCAUAUUGCAACGGUAGAAAAAUUGCCUCUGACCACGGCUGGAUAUCCACUCCUUAUUCACUGCAAGAACUUCCACGUGGCUCACUUUGUUAUUGGGCAGGAACGUGACUGUCACGAAGUGUAUACCUCAUUGCUUAAACUUUCACAACCAGUGAAACCUGAAGAACUUUAUGCUUUCUCUUAUAAUCCUAAAAUGUCUAAAGAGAACCGGGAGAUUGGAUGGAAGCUGAUUGAUUUAAAAGUUGAUUACCAGCGUAUGGGAAUUCCAAACGACUAUUGGGAAAUAACGGAUGUUAAUAAAGACUAUGAGAUUUGCAACACAUAUCCUCCAGAAAUAGUGGUGCCUAGAGCUGCUAAUAAGGCAGUGGUGAUCGGAAGUUCAAGGUUCAGAAGCAGAGGGCGGAUUCCGGUGCUUUCUUACUUAUAUAAAGAAAACAAUGCUGCCAUAUGUCGUUGUAGCCAGCCUCUUGCCGGGUUCAGUGCGCGCUGUCUGGAGGAUGAACAAAUGCUGCAGGCGAUCAGAGAAGCCAACCCUGGGAGCCCCUUCAUGUAUGUUGUAGACACAAGGCCAAAGUUAAAUGCCAUGGCCAACCGAGCUGCUGGGAAGGGUUAUGAGAAUGAAGAUAAUUAUGAUAACAUUCGCUUUAAAUUUAUUGGUAUAGAAAACAUCCAUGUGAUGCGGAACAGCUUGCAGAAACUCCUGGAAGUGUGUGAAAUGAAGUCCCCCUCAAUGAGCGAUUUCCUCACUGGGCUGGAGAACUCAGGUUGGUUACGGCACAUUAAGGCUGUGAUGGAUGCAGGUGUCUUUCUUGCCAAGGCUGUGAAAGAUGAAAAAGCUAGCGUGUUAGUCCACUGCUCUGAUGGGUGGGAUCGCACAGCGCAGGUCUGCUCCCUGGCUAGCCUCCUCUUAGAUCCAUUUUAUAGGACUUUUAAAGGCUUCAUGGUCCUAAUAGAAAAGGAGUGGAUUGCAAUGGGCCACAAGUUCUCACACAGAUGUGGCCAUUUGGACGGUGACCCCAAAGAAGUAUCCCCUGUCUUCACUCAGUUCGUUGAAUGUGUCUGGCAGCUCAUGCAGCAGUUCCCGUGCACAUUUGAGUUUAAUGAGCGUUUCCUCCUUGAAAUCCAUGACCAUGUCUACUCCUGCCAGUUUGGCAACUUCCUUGGGACCUGUCAUAAGGAGCGUGAGGAUCUGAAAAUCUUUGAGAAGACCCAUUCUCUGUGGCCUUUCCUCUUACAGAAGAAACAGGAAUUGAGAAAUCCUUUGUACAGAGGAUUUACAGCUUACAAAGAGCUUCAACCAAACACACUACCUUUCAGUUUCCAGUUUUGGUGUGGGAUGUAUAAUCGCUUUGACAAAGGAAUGCAUCCAAAACAGCGUGUAUUGGAUCAUCUGCUAAGCUGCAUGAGCCAAAAGAUGAAACUGGAGGACAAUGCAUCUGAAUUGGAAAAUAAACUUCCUUUCCUUGAUGGUCCUUUGCCCAGUGAAGCUUGCUCCUUACCUAAAGUAGGACGUGCUGCUUCAAAAACACCGAUGCUCAACACUCCUCAGGAUUAUGAAGGGGAACCACCUCCUGUGUUGAGCAAUGGCACCUCAGCAGGGGAUAUAGAUGUUAUGUCAGAUGUGGACCAAAAGCACAAAGAGAACCUGUCUCAUCACCAGGACCUCCGUGAUCUUAAUGACACCAUUGACGUGUUAGACUCUGAAGCUAAGGAUGGAAAGCCUCAGCACCAUUGAUCAGCUCUGAGAACUGUGUUCAAUGAACCAGGCGCUUGUGGUGGUGAGGCGUAAGGGAGCUGUGCCCCCGUGAGGGUGUAGACCACCUAACCAUUUACAGCUAAGCGUGAGUACGUAUGUUUGCAGGGAGCUGUGCUCGCUGUAGACAAGACAGUCUGCAUUUGGUUUGGUUCGCAUCGUUUUGCAGCUAAAAUGAUGAAGAUGCGUACAGAGCUGCCCAGAAGGCUACCUUGAGUUAGUGUAAACCUUUUUUUUUUCAGUGGAAAGACGAUGUGUGUUCAAGGUUUAUGGCUGCCUGCCAGUACUGGUAUUUCAAGCUGAAAGAAACCUUGGCCAGUUAACAUGGGGCUUAGGAGUUGUGCAGUGUUUAUAACUGGAGUAGGAAAGAUGCAGCCCAUUUAUUCUCAGUGGUGGUGCAAGGUCAUCUUAAAAUGACAAAAAAUUUUGGUUCAUCUUAAAAUGAUUAAAAAUACCCCACCCUUUUCUUAGCUGUGAAUGAAUCUCUGCAUGGACCCUCACCUUGUGGCAGAACUGAUUCAUUUUUUGUUUCCUAUGCAUAUUUGUUAAACAAAAACAAACCCCCCUGUGCCUUUUUAUGGAGACCAUUUUAAUGUCUAGCCACGCUAUGUACUAUUUUUAUUAUUGUAGUGUAGAGUGUAGUAUUUGGUCUUCUUUGUAGUCAGUAUUUUUAAACAAGGUUUUUUUAUCUGCUGCCAGCUUCUCCAGGAUCUUUGCCGAUCCCCUGAGUUUAGUAGCUUCUUUCUAAGCUGACCUUUCAAAGAAUAAGCUUUUAUGGACCUCAUUUACUGAUUGUGAGAGUGCAGCAACCCACAAAGACAGCCUGUAACACAUGAUUUUUUGACAGUGGGAGGAUUAGAAAAGAGAAAAUACAGGAAAAAAAUUUAUAUGGGAUUUUUCCUCUCUUGUUUUAUGAUCUUUGUUAAAUUGAAGCGAGAGAGUAACUCUUUGUUCUAAGCUGGAAUCAUCUGUACUGUCAAGAUGGGGGGAGAUGAACAGUAUCUCUCAUGGCAGUGAACUUUGUAAUUUUGUGAAGCUGGUGACACAAUGUAAAUUGGGAUGUGACCCCUUAUUGGAACAAGAAGUGGACGUCUUGACUCGUGGCUGUGGCUCCAGCUUGGACUCACUCCAGUGCUUGUUAACACUACUUGGUUUCUUUAAACUGCAGUAAUCUCUGCUGGAGAUACUAGUUCAAAGUUGCAGGUUUAAAAUGGAGAUGUAUAUUCCAUUUAUACAGAAGUCUUGUGAAGAAGCAAGGGCUUGUCUCCCCAGGGAAAUGGAUGGCCCAGGAAAGCUGUUCUACAGUACUUGUUUGGGACAAGCUUCUAUAGAUGUGCUUAAUUGCACAGAGAGUCCCUUUGUGCAGCUUAAUUCAAGAUGCUUUUCUGCUUUCUUUUGGAUCCUGUUGUUUAAAUUCGAUGCUGUGCUUAGGUCUUAAAAUCAGCUUUUCUCUUUUAGAAAAUUUUGAAACAAACUGAAAAUAUUUUCUAAGUUAGCCCUCCCAAUCUACAAUAAAAAGUAGAAACAUUCCAUUACAGCAUCGUAAAAUGCAGUAGAUGUUGUUCAUAUGCUUAUAACCGAUGGUGAAAUGACUAGGUUAGUUUCAGUGUUCAAGAAAAAGUAGAAAAUAAAAAAAAAAAUUGCCCCGAGUGUCUCACUUCAGGUAAGAAAAUAUGUAUUUUAUUAAGCAUAUCAAAAGGCCCCAGGAAAAAGGGCAAUACCUGAGAACACAGAGUUCUUCAAUGCCUAGAAUGGCAAAGAGAAACUUUUUUAAUGUUGCAGGUUUUUGUUUUUCAAUUUCAAAGUAAGUAAUAGAGCUGUUUUCAAGGUAGGAGUGAGAGAACUACAAUGUGCGAUUGAUUUAAAAACUCAGCACAUAAAAUACUGAACCAGAUAUGUUUAAGCAGAAGUUGUUCACAAUUUGUUGUGUGGGUACAUAUCACAAAUACUGCAUCGUGCAACAGCUAUGUAUUUUAUUUUGAAGGAUGCACAUUCCUGAACGCAUCUUUUCUUAAUCUCAAGAUGUGUAUCUGCUGUUGAGUCUCUCUGCUCCUAACGAGAUCUGCUAAGCUCCUAACAUUAAGUUAGAUAGUCUACCAGCCUUUUAAGUUUGCCCUAUCCACGUACUCCUCAAGCGAAGGCAUUGCGCCCUAAGUCUUAAUCUGGCUGUUCUAGAUACCCAGGGUUUGGAAUCUGCUGUAGAUUUCCACUGGAGAGUGCUGGGGAGAUUAUUUCCCUUUGCCUCUUUAUAGUGUAAAAGCUCAAUUUCACACAUGCACUUUGCAGUUUGGAGCCCGUUUCAUAUGGACUGAUAGAUCAUCCCUGUCUUUUCUUUCUGGGUGGUAGAAGAGUGUAGUGGAUAGUAUGCACAGCUUCUUAAAUAGAGAACUCUAAAAUGGUAAAUGAGACCAAGACAGGCACUUUUUAGGACCAGUUAUUCUAGAUGUCAUCAGUUCUUUUAAUGUGUUCUUUAGUGAAAAUUAGAGAUACAGAAUUGUAGAGAAUUUUGACAGACUACUGAAGGAUUUGGACAUGCCAUUGGUUAAUCAUUGUAUAAGAACAUUUUGCAGAAGGUUUCUAUAAAUGUUUACACGUUGCCUUCUCUUUUGAAUUACCAUAGAUUACCUUGAAAAAAAGUAUAAUAAUCUCUGCUUAUCCCUAAAACGUGAUGCUGACAUCUCCACAAAUCCUUCUUGACUACAAUAUUACUACAGGUGUAUAUAACCAUGAAAAGAUUACUUCAUACACUGAAAUAUUAUUAAGCUUUUAGUAAUCUUGCUGCUUUUGACUUCAGUAACAAAACAAUGGAUGACUACAUACUUUGAAAUGCAAAACCUAGCCAAAAAAAAGGGAUAAUGGUCUGUCUUUAUAAACCUCUUCGAUUUCAUGUAUACAAACCUGGUCAAAGUCUACAACAUACUAAAAAUCAUUUGUGCUGGUACUGUAAAUUUACAGAGCUGGAAAAGAUUCCAGGGUUUCCUGGCUUUCCAUGAGAUUAUUUGUUUGAAAACCGAUUAGCUCGAAGCUUUGUAGCUUUGACAGUAACUCUUGGGUGUUUCAAGACCAAAAAUGAAAAGCUGUUCAAAGCACUGCAGCGUGUCCUCAGGUCUCUGAUCAGCUAGGAUUGGCUUCCCAGAGCCUUGCAGAAAGCCUGCGUGCGCUCGUUACGGAGUGCCCUGCUGACAGUGGUGAGUGACUUGAUUAUAUGUUCCCUAAAAGUGUUAAAGGAAAUCUAAAAGCUGUUACGUAGGAAUCUUCUUAUGUAAGCACUGUGUAGGUUAAAAGUUACUAUAACUUAUUUAUUCCUAGCGGAGCAUCCAUGCGUUGUGAAGUCAUGAAUACUGUGUUUUAUUUGGAGCUGUUAAGUGAACAAUGCAACUUGCUGCUUUCCAUUUGGAUUCCUCUGACUGGGUGAACUGGGAGGAAGGAGGGAUCCUAUUUGCUGCGGAUGGGCUCUGUUUAUGUAAAACUCUUCCUUUUCUGGAGCACCUCUUGCUUUACCAAGAUGCUCCAUGGUAUCAUGCCUGUGCGUAGUGUCUCUCUUGCUACAAAUAGGUAUAGCAUUGCAGUGGGCAAGUGCCUAUAAUAUUCUGUGUUAAAGCUACUACUUUGAAGUAGAAGAGGGACCCGUGUAGCUUUAUUUCUCGGUUGAAAUGUCUUAAUGUGAACUUCACAAUGUUGGAUUCUUAAAUUAUAUUUUGUUUUGCAAUUGUCGCCUGUGGUAGAGAAAAUCCAAUCGGUGCUGUUGGCUUUACAGAAAAAAAAAAAAGGGAAUAAUUGGUUUGCCCAUAGAUGUCGUAGUUCUCAGUUGGCCCUCUUUCAUGGGAGAGAAAAAGCAGUUUGUUAAAGCCUGUAGGCAUAAUAUACUUCCAGCUGCAUGUUCUGUUCCUGCUCUUAGUGAAUGACUUUCAUUUAAGUGCUUAGAAGAAAAAUCCAUCUGCUAUGUGGGUGCCCACUGGUACAUAAAGCUACCCUGGCUAGGAUGGAGAAGGAGACUCGCUGGUAAGCUUCAGUGUGCUUCAGUAAGCUGCUCCAGUCCUGGUGAGAGAGGUUUGCUGGGAGCUGAAGGUGUGCAGAGCUUCACGGGAUCUCUGCCUUGAGUUAGACCUUGUUGGGUUACAGGUGGAAGUCUCCAUGUUGUGGAGCCCCGUGUCUGUUGUUUCCUUCGAGUUUGGAGAUGGUGAGCCCUAAUGGGUGCUCAGAAAGCACCCUUGCAUCUAACAAAGCUGUAGCACCUGCAGGGAAAGCAUUUAAAAGAGCUCUUGUGCCAGACGCCACUACGGUUGACUUUCUGGCAAAACUGGUCUUUGGGUAGCUUCGGUGCCUGACGGUUGCUCCCCCAAAGGGACCAUUUCUUGGCACUGUUUAGUAAUGAAUAUUCGCGAGUGACCAGGAGAAUUCAAAAUGUGUCUGCUGUUUUGCUCUUCUCCCCUUCCCCACCACUCUGCGUUGAGUGCUGGGGUCAUUUUUUGUACGGACCUAACGCAGUUAUUCCUUGUUUACAUACUGUUCCUCUUGCACAUAUAGGUGCUUCCCAUGCCUCGGGGUGGAGUCGGGGGAAGAAUCUGUUCUGAAUGUAGUAGUUUUGUUUUAAUUAGUACACAGCACUUGAUUAAUUAGAUGAGGAAUGUCUCGAACCAGGUGAUGUUGAAGUCCAUGUUUUCAUAAGCAUCUUUAGCACUAAGAGCAGCCAGGUCAGUGCCAAUUGCAGUCGGUGUAAUUUGUUAGGGCAAGUAUUUUAAUGUACAGCGCUGCGUCCUUUUGGCAUCUCUGAACUACAAAAGCAAUGCAGAAAGAGGGUAGGUUAAAAUGGUUGACCUAUAUCUCCUCUCAUAUCAUUUAUCUAUGUAUAUGCGUCUGUAUUUAAUGUAGCAGCAUACUACUGGAAUAACUUGUAGCACUGGAUCUAGUCAUAUGUAACUGAGCACACAUAUGUACUUUUCCUAUCAUCCACAAACUGAUCUUUGUAGGAACGUACCUAAAAUUGUGUGUAGUACUCAGCUGAAAAUUGUAAAUGUUUUUGCUGUUUCUGUAAGUCAGUCGCUAUUUUUGUCAGUGUAACUGUUGAGGGACAGUUGUAUAAAGUUGUGGAUGAUGAAAUCCCAUAUUCUUGAAUGUGCUGCGAUGGCUGUAUACAUGUAAGUCAUUUUAGUUAAUGCACUGCUUAAAAAAAAAAAAAUUGUACCAUGUUUAGAGGAGCACUGUGUCUUUUUUUUCUCUAAAUGUUUUUGUUCCAUGAAGUUUCACUUGUAUUACAGUUUAUUUUUAUUCCCUACAAAAAUAAAUACCUUGCCUUUU